UUUCCCACAUCGCUCAUGCACCUGCGGUGGUUUGCGGCGGCGGCGGUGGUGUGCAUAACCUCGAGCGCCAUUGAAUACCUGGAUUCGCGGCAAUGGCUCAUUCAAACACACAUCCAAGUCCAGGGCGUGGAUGGUAUCUCUCGCAGACAGGAGCUGCGUGUGCCAUGUUGUGCAGACAUACAGGUCGAAGGGGACAAGUUCUGCGAAAGCAGCGACCUCCUUCCGCACGAUUGCAUCAUGUUCAAGGCGUACCUGGCAGGGCUGCAACAAGGAAAUCAAGCUUGCCGCUGCCAUGCGCACUCGACUACCCAUGUGCCACAACAACUAAAAACGCUCCCAUUCAAUGUUCACCACGCAGACACGGCUCGCUCACCCACCUACUUUCAACUCUCCGUCUUCGAAGGCGACACGCUGUCGCUGCCAACUCGAAUCCCCGCAGUGUGCCGUCAAUUUAACCUGGAUGUCGACAGCUGCUCCAUGUUUUCAGCCUCCUUCACUCAACAGGUCAUUGAUGCCGAUGUCGAGCACGCGAUGGCCCAGCUCUUGACGCUGUCACCUCACGCUACCUACCCUCUCGACGUGCUUCGUCAUGUGCUUGCCCAUGUGCAAACCAUGUACGCAGACGAGCAGCGGCGCCACCGCCACGUGUCCGAGGCGUAUCGUACGCUGCGCCACCAACUCCAGCGUGAAAAAGAUCGCCAAAUCCAAACCACGACCGCGUGUGCGACUGCCGACCAGGUCAAAUCUCCGAUUCCCGACCCAACUCCGUCCACCGAUGCAGCGUCAUCGUGCACUGCCACCAUCCACAGCGGUCCCGCGCUGGCCAUUGACGACACGUUGCCCUCGAUGAAACCCUCCCUCCCGAUUCCACGCGUGGACAUACGAACAUUAUCGUACUCGGACUACUUGGCGUUAGCCAAGGGAUCUGUGCCACUCAUCUUGACGCACAGUCCACGGCUUCCUCAGUCUCCUGGCAUCCCGCCGUGGUCCCUCGACGUGCUCAACGCCACCUGCGGCACUCGGUCCGUCGUCCUGAAGCGCCGCAACCCGACCAAACCGUCGUGGGCAGGCAUCGAAGCUGUCGCCCGCGCUGAUCUGCGCCAGUUUUUGCAUGACAUCCAACACAAACUCGAGCCGUGGCCCGCAAGUCUGUCGUCCCUGUACCUCCACGACAUGAGUGUGAUCGAGUUCUGCCCGGACCUGCUACAGUCGUUCGUGAUUCCAAAGCUCUUUGUGCGGGACGCACUGCAGACUACCUGCACGAAAAACACCAAGUACUGGCCGAGCUUGUUCGUAGGCGACGUCGGGACGUCCUCGGGGCUCCACACGGACUGGGGUGCGACUGCCGCGUGGAUGGGGCUCCUCCACGGCCGCAAGCGGUGGCGGAUUGCCCCGCCAUCUGCUCGCCCAUUCGUGUACGAGCGUGUAGGUGACGGCGACGGCAAGUUCGAUGCCGACUUGAUGGCUCCCAACACGUCAGCGUUUCCGCUGCUGCGCCAUGUCCAAGUGUUUGAAGGGGUGCUGGAAGCCGGCGAAAUUAUGUUCAUUCCUGCCGACUCGCCCCAUCAAGUCGUCAACCUCGACUUGAGCAUUGCGGUCGCGAUGAAUUUUGUCGAUGCGGCCAACAUCGAUGCCCACAUGGACCACGUCCGCCAUCAACUCAUGGAGGCCGCGGGCCAAGGACACAGCGCCAUCGCUGGGCAGUACGAGCAAGUUCUAGCGUCCCUCGAAGCUACCUCUCGCCAAUGGCAAGUCCAAGACGAGUCGGAGCCUGCGGCGAUGGCAUAUGCUGACUACAAGCGCCCGUCGGUGGAGGCGUGCCAGGCAAAGGGAACUUGGAUCGUGUAAUGAAACGAAAUCUCGAUCACGCUUCGAUCGCAUCCUCGUGGCAUUUUCAUUCGGCUGCGCGAACACACU